UGGGGGAGGAGCCCUAUGUAACGUCUAAUGCUGGACAUGCUGCCCUUGAUCGCCAGUAUGUAGUAAGGGAUUCGCCAGCCCACCUGCUGAAGUGAGCUACGGUUGAACCAGGGAAAACCAGUGUGAUUUGUCUGUCACAACGUAUGGGGCACCGACUUGAGACUGCAGUGUGUGAUGGAAGCAAACCUUGUUUUUCUGGCGGGGCUGGCAGAAGAGGAGGAAACUCGGAGCGGCGUCCUGAGUUGCCAUGGAAACGAGGGCCGGCGGAGGCCUCCCCAGCCACCAGAAAUCCGUUGAAAUUUGUCCCCAGGGACUGGUGUUCGCAGGAUCUUCCGAACAGGAUUCCAACUUGGCCAAGCAGUUCUGGAUCGCUGCGUCACUGUAUCCUACUACUGAAUCCCAGUUGGUGCUGCCCCGAGGUAGCAGCCAGCGCCUGCGGGUGGCCCGGCCCUCUAGGCCCCCUGGGCAUGAGAAAGUUUACCUCCAGCCUUUCUCCCUUGAGAAAAACAAGAAUACAGAUGUCACUGCUGAAACCAUAAAGAUUCAGGAAUCUGAGGAGAAAGAAAAGUAUCUUCAAAAGGCUAAAAGGAGAGAUGAGAUUCUACAACUCUUAAGAAAACAAAGAGAAGAAAGGAUCUUGAAAGAACUGGUUUCCCUUCCUUAUAAGCCAAAAGCCAAAGUACACAAAGCAAAGAAAGUGAUAUUAAAGUCAGAUAAGGAAGACCAAGAGGAGGUCAAAGCCUUGGACUAACACGCUUGGCACAUGGCAGAGGAUGGCUCAUGUACAUCUUUACUUUUGAAACAACCUUCUCUUAUGUCAGGAUCACUGGGAUCACUUUGUUAAAACUGACAAAUAAAGUUCAAUAUGCAGACUUCUA